GACUGAGGACAGAUAUUUUAUCGUUCACAAGCUACUAUACACGUUUAUGUAAGUAGUCAGAAUAAGAAUUAGAUGCUUAUGUAUGCAAAAGUUUGGAAAAUACGUAAUAAUAAAAUUUAAUGAAACUAAAUUGCUGCCGUUUCGUAAAUGUAACGUUGUAAAUGGAUCUUUAGUUUAAUAAAAUUGAUUUUUUUAAAAAUCUGUGCGUGUAAUGUUUCAUACUUGUGGGACUAAAAUUCAGAUAUGAUUCGUAUAUAAACACAAAUGUUAAUAACAUAUUGAUAAAACAUAACUAUUAAAUGAUAUAUUGACAUUAAGCAAAGUGUGCAACUUAUCCACUUUGAUUUGUUCAUGCAGCUUUUAUUUAAGUAGCUAGAAUGACCUGAAUUCAUUAUUAUUAAAAUCUUCCAAUUUUGAAAUAGACUUAUGAGUUAAAAAAGAAAUCACUCCAGUAUUAGGAACGUCUUGUCCGUGCCGGUACUUAGAAGGUUGGGGGCAAUGGGCAAGAGUAAAAUUUACAGCCCUAUUAUUGUCAAUGUUGAUCCGUCGUCUGUUAAUUAUUUUAGAACCAAUUGGCGCAUCGGCCGAUUAUCGUUUAAUCGGCCUGCAAUGGUCGCCCGUUACCGAUUAAUCAGCCGCCAAAUAUGUAUGUAUAAUUAAAAUAGUAAUACUACUCGUCUAACAUCUAAACAAGGGCAGCCCAAAGCCACCAGCGAAAUGUUAAUGAAUGAUACUAAUCUCUUGCUAUUACUGAAUUUGGAAGUGUUAAACAUUUACAAAAGCUGACAUCUUGAAUUACAUUAUAUAUAUAACUUGUGCACAUCUAAGAAAUGAUUGGUUUGUUUUAAUAACAGGUUUUGGGGGAGACAAAGAGAAGUACUAAAUGCAUAGGCGUGCAUUAAACCACAAUUCAUAAUCAGUACGCUUUGAUAAUUAAAUUGUUUUUAAUUACUCAUUUAGUAAUUUGGUCGAAAAGCUUUGUCUUUUAUUAAAAACACAACUGAUUCGCGAGAGUCAGUAUAAUUUAACUUAUGAAAAAUAAUCAUGAUUUAAAAGAAAAAACUUCAUAGAUUUACUAUAAUAUUAUUUCCUAAUGCACUGUUAGAAAAAAAAAAUACAUGAAAUGAAACCAAGUGCUGCACCGGGGACUCUGCUGAUGUGCAUCUUUCUUGCUAUUCCAAUGACAGUCGCAGAUGUCAGCUUCACCUUCUACUACCAGUGUAACAAUCCACCGUGCAAAAUUAUAAUAUGGUUCUCUGAAUAUUGGCUGGAAAGGUAUGUUUUAAAACAAUUAUUAUGUAAUUGAAUUAAUUUUUUUUUGGUAGAUAUCGAAAUUAAACUUAAAAUAUUCACAUAAUUACAGUUGUAUUUAUUUUAUAUUGUACAUUUUCGACAAAAACGAAAAGUUUUCACAGCAAUAAAACUGAAAUAAUGACUUUAAAAAAUUGGGUGUAGUUCUGUAACUCUUUAAGGAAUCAAUAUGUUUGUGAAUUAUACUUUUACAAAUAAAGUAAAGUUUGCUUUACAUUUCGUUUCAGUUUUAGAGAUUGUCUUUGCUCAGCAUCGACAUCAGCAUGUUACGUUUACUAUUUGUACUAUCAAGGAUACUGUCAAGGGUACAAACAAGCAAAUCGAACAUAUUCAUUAAAAAUAAAUAACAAUAACUAUAAAUAUCAAGCUGAAUUCAACUGCACAAUUGCCUAUGAUAUAUUUAAUUUUCAAGGGAAUAUACAAUGUUACAGAUCAUCGACUGCAUCUGAGAACGCUUUUAAGUCUUUCCAAUUUACUACUGAUACAAAUACGUGUGAUUUUAGGUGUAUAAAUAUAAUACCCUCACACAUUUAUAACAUCAACUUUGACAAUAACAAGAUAAUAAAAGAUUCCACUGCAACAUGCAGACCACAUUUUAAUAAGACUACUACUACUGAAACACUUACAGCACAACAACAAACCACAAGAGCAGAACCAUCAAUUACAACAUCAACCGCAACAACCGCACUAUUGUCUGCCGUCGGAAACCAAGCAAAAUUUCCAGAUUAUAAUUCCUCACAAACAAAUACAUCUGCAUUUGGUGACACAAGAAACAUGCAGGAUAACACUAUAGAUACAGGCCUAAUAACUGGUGUUAUAACUGCUAUUGUUGCAGUAAUUGUUAUUGUGUUAGUAAUUGUCCUUCUGUGGAGAAGACGAAUAAAUAAAUCAUAUCACAAAAGGUCCAAAGAUGAUAACAAAUGUACGGAAAGACCUAUUACGGCUUCUGAUCCCAAUGCAGUGAUUUUAUCUGGAAAUAACAAUCAACAUAUAUUUGAAAGUAGCAAAGAGAAGAAAGGACAAAGUGCUGAAACUAACUGUACUUACGAAACCAUAACCUCUGAAUACAUUGUAGAAUACAAUACGGUGAAGAAGACAUCUGGGCGUCAAACAGAUACUGUUUCAACACCGUUAAAACAUGACAUUGAUACAUAUCCUAUACAGAUCGAGAUCAACAGCCUGGCUUCCGCUGAUUCUACGAAGGUUGAUUCCGAUCCACAGUAUUGCAAUGUCAACAGCGAUACUACCCAAAAACCUAAUGCAUCCAGACAACCAAACUUCAACGUAACGCUGCCGACCAGAUCAGAAGGCAGUUACAUCAAUAUUCAUCAGUCACCUGAGAAUCAAAACAAAAGAAAUAUUCUGAAAAAUACGCACCCCAUCACAUUCGAUCCCCCUACAAACGUAAACAUCGCCUUGUCAGAUAAUGAAACAUCCAGUGCCAGCCCUCCAGCACAAAUGACUGCUGGUGCUGGUGUGUACGCAAAGGUUGGAGCUAAAAAUAAAGAACUAAAAAAUCCUUACAACACGCUUUUGGAUAAUGCAGAUUGACCAGCAACAUUGGCUGACGGAGAAAAUGUUUCCUUGUUUAGGGUAAAGCAUGCAUGCAACAAGCGUUUCGGAUAAGAUAGCUUGGCCAGCACCUUUAUCUGCCAGACUGAGUAUACCCUUAUCUAGCGAAGAGUGAAUCUUCAACCCAACAUUACGACGUCCGGUCAAUGCUUCAUCGUUUGACUAGGCCAGCUACAAAAGUCUAGUAUAGCACUGUGAAAGCAGUGCAAGACAGUUGUAGCAUAAAACAUCACAUUAUUGUACAAAAAAUGUAUUUAAUUUGAACUUAUAUAAGUAGCAUAGCUUUUUUUUCUUAAUUGAUAUAAAUGAGCUUAAAUGUAUUUGAUGUAUAAUCGGUGUAAUGAAAAGUCCAAAUGUUAUCUUUUAGACACCUAAGAUUGAUUAGAUAUUGCUACAUUUUAGAAAUAUGGCAUAUCAAUUUUCUUGAUGUUUUAAAAGCUUCUCAUUUCUAUUUUAUUGCGUUAAAUAUAAAGUUUAUGUUUUGAAGACAAACUUUUUUAAAAUGUAAAAAAAAAAAUAUCUAAAACACUUGAAUUUUAGUUAUAUUGUUACACAAAUACUUUAUCAAACAUUGAGCACAAGUAAUAAAAAAAAAAUAAGGCUUUUAAUUUUUCUUUCUACAUGUUUAAUGUUAUAAAAUAUUAUUGGCUUGUCAUUGUUAGAUUUGGAUAAUUUAUUUUUGAAAGAAAAUGUAACAAAGAAAAAUAUUUGGUUUGAAUUUUGUAUUAAUAAUUGCAUAUUGUAUAUUUUAGGAUGUUUAAAACUCUUACGCAAACUAAUAAAAUAGUAAAGGAUAUUUUUAUAAAUGUUAUUUGUAUCAAAGGGGACGCAACUGAAACACUGUUUAGAGGAUUGUCUCCCUAGCUAACAGCGUUAAUUCUCGAAAUAGGUAAAUGAUUAUAAAAUUAAAAUAAUGUUUUUUUUCCAAUUUCUAGGCACUAUCGGCUCAGAAGUUGAUCGUUGCUGGGAUUGGAAUAAACUAUUUUUUUUUUAAAUUUGUAGCUGGGGAAAGUUUACAUUUUUUCUUUGAUUAAAUUGGACUAUUUUAAUUGAUUUACUAUGCUUAUUAGUUCACGUCAUAGAACCAUUUAGUUUUAUCGUUUGAAUUAAGUUAUCUGAGAGUGAACUCUUCCCCUAACCGUGUGCUCUGUCUGAUCAGAUAUCAUGUAUGUAGAUAAAAUUGUUAUUUACAAGUAAAUCAUCACUUAAUCGUCUCAGCUGCUUUAGUAAAGCGCUUUCAACCGUGAAAACUCCGCAAUUCGACGUAAACCAACAGUUAAAUACCGAAAUUUUAAUACCCUUCAAUGUAUGGAUUUUUAAAAUGUCUGUUACUUAUACCUGUUAACCCCACACGUUAUGCCAUCAGUGUCACUGGCAGUAAACGCCUGAAUGUUGUAAAUGCCAUUUUGAAACUCUUAAGAUGAUUUCAUUCUAUUAAUAACAGAAGAAAAUAAUAAUAAUAAACUAC